AUGGAGCAUUUAUUACCUCUCAAUCGAGGAGAAUAUAUCAAUGUUGUAACUUAUAUCUAUAUUAACGAAUGUGCCAGCAAUCCUUGCACCAAUGGAGGUCAGUGUAAAGAUGAGGUGAACGGGUUCAGCUGUGUCUGUUCCCCCGGAUUUACAGGAAACCAGUGCGAAAUUGACUUUGAUGAGUGCGCAAGUAAUCCGUGUCUUGGGGGAGUGUGCGCUGACCAUGUUAACCAGUACACGUGCAUCUGCAAUCCCGGAAAAACCGGCAAACACUGCGAAUUCGAUACAACGUGUAUGGUCAGCAACCCGUGUUUAAAUGGAGGAACGUGCAGCGCAACGCACGGUGGAGGCUACACUUGCCAAUGUAAUGUUUUAUUUGCUGGAAUCAAUUGUCAACUGGAAUCAUUUAACUGUUGGAGGUCAACUGUAAGUAACAAUUACCCAACCUGGCCAGUCACAGGCAAGUUCGACAAAAUCGCCUUCUCGCUAAGCGCUGACCAUUACGUGUUAGGAAUUAGAGUCGGAUCAACCUCACCAGAACGAGUUGAUGUCACGGUAACUGUCAAGAUAACUCACUCUGAUGGGUGUGUAAUUGUCACCAAAACCAUCUCACACAGAUUCCCGGAUUGGACAAGUGACCCAGUUUUUUUCGACCAGGCAGUUCUCCUGACUGCUGGCCAGCAGUACAUCGCAGCUUCGCAUGUGGCGGCACCGAAUUACAAUUACUUUUCACUACGGAAAUACAAAGAAGGGGCAUCCUCGGUGCAGUGUGGUGGAAUUACUGUUACUUUCUCCAAAGUUUCACCCGCAGAGUUCGCUGAUUCAAAUGGUUCCAACGUUUUAGAGGGACGGGUUCCAGCUCUCAUCUUGAGGUCUCCAUGACAGAUUCUUUCCCUU